CUUUCCUGGCUGACGGAUAGUAUUGGCUGUUGAUUAAGUCAAUGGGGUAAAUAUUUAUUGUUAGGAAUGACUUUCGGUCUGUUUUUGCUCCGUGCACAAUGGAUUAAGAAUUAAUUCUUCGAGUUAAUGUUCUAGUGUAGAUCUUAUUCGUUUUUAUUGGAUUUAUAUUUUACACUCAAAAUAGGAAGAGGUCAAAGCAAACAACUAGAGCUCUUCAUUUUUCGAAGUUCCUGUGCUAACCCCAGCCCACCCCUAGCAGGUCUCGCAAACUACAAUUCAACUAACUGGUGGUCCCGUUUUUUUUUCUGAGACUGCUAGUUUUUCUUCUGUUUGGAUCAUUAUACUUCAUAUUUGACACAAGAAGCAGAACUUCUUUCUUUAGCCGGCUGACGGUGGGAUGUACUAUAAGGAUAUGUUAGUCAACAGUGCACGGCAUCGGUCAUGAGUGACCCCAGACCCCCAAAGUCACCUCGCAAGGGGAAGUACGUCAACAUCCGCAUCACCUUUCUCAACGACACGGUCCACGUCUUCCAAGUACCGGUGAAAGGUGUUGGAUCUUUACUGUGGGAUGCUGUGGUCAACCACCUACAGCUGCUUGAGGCAGACUACUUUGAUUUAGAAUACACAAACCAACAUGGAGAUGAUUGUUGGCUGGACAAAGACAAGACUGUACUGAAGCAGAUUGGCUCCCCUGAUAUCCCUCUACGUUUCUGUGUCAAAUUCUACACCCCAGAUCCUGGUUUGCUGGAAGAUGAACUUACCAGAUAUCUUUUUGCCUUACAAGUCCGCAAAGAUCUAUUACGAGGAGAGCUCCGAUGUAGUGAGAAUACUGCGGCCCUCCUGGCCUCGUACAUUGUCCAGGGGGAGAUCGGGGACUUUGACAUAGAUGAGUGUCCCGACCCCACGUAUCUAGCAGUAUUCAAAUUUGUCCCUGAGCAUCUCCAGACACAUGACUUUAUGGCCAAAGUGAUGGACUACCACAGACAACACAUUGGUGAGUCACCCUCUGAAGCAGACCUGAAUUUACUAGACACUGCUCGCAAGGUGGAGCUCUAUGGGAUCAAGAUGCAGCCUGCCAAGGACCAUGAAGGCGUGUCCUUGAACUUGGCUGUUGCCCACUUGGGUGUUCUAGUCUUCCAACAAUACACCAAAAUUAACACUUUCUCCUGGGCCAAAGUUCGUAAGCUCAGCUUCAAACGCAAGAAGUUCCUCAUCAAGCUACAUGCAGACACCUAUGAUCGGCGCCUGGAGGGAGUGGCCCACACACCUACUAAAUCUGGAAGGGGCUACUAUAAAGACACAGUGGAGUUUUUCUUUGACACCCGGGACAGGUGUAAGCUGUUCUGGAAGAGGUGUAUAGAGCAUCACGCCUUCUUUCGUUGUCAGGUGGUGGCUAAAGUUCCACGCAACAAAACACGUGUUGUCAGUAGGGGCUCAUCCUUCAGGUACUGUGGGAGAACACAGAAACAACUUGUAGAAUUUGUCAGGGAAAAUAUUGGGAAAAGGCCACAUUUUGAAAGAUCAACCAGCGGACGCAUCUCUAGUAGGAGUACCAGUGUGACUCCCAAGAUUUCCUCCAAGCCUGGCAUGCACUCGUCCUCCGCUGACCUCCACACCAGCUCUGGGUCGCGCUCGAGUGGCUCGCACAUACUGGACAGCAACCACACCCCUGGCAGCGGCAUCCUGCGGGACCACUCUGGGACGCCCCACAGCGCCAUGAGGGUGGAGUCUGUGGACGUCCACAGCGAUAGCUCCAUGUCAGGCUCCAGAUCUCUCAACUCCCCACGCCUGGAGCACGGUCUGAGCAUUGACCAGGAUGUCAUCGAGGCAGUCAACGCCAGAACGGAGGGCGCCAUGACAGACGACGAUGAAGACGAGGAUAACAUCAAAAACAGUCCAGGGAAUACCCAAGGAAUGUCCCAUGUCUCUUCAGAAACUAAAGUAUCUUCGUUAGUGCAGGCCAGGUUCACACAGAAGGACCGCAAGUUGUCUGCCCCUGUCUUUGGUCUUCUACAUAAGGGGGAGGAGAAUGGAGAAGAAGAUCAUCGCCUGUCAAGGACGGCUGAGAUAGAGAACAUUCCAGAAGUUGUGGAAGAGGAUCCAGGGGCUCCUUUGUCACCCAGACACAGUCCCCCCAAGAAAAUUCAGACAGUACCUCAUCAGCUGUCUUUUAAAGCAGACGACAUAGAUGAUCUCCCCCCACCUCCUCCCUCCCCUCCAACUCUCACAUCCCCAUCCCCGCCCCCUCCACCACCCCCAUUUGAUGAUGACGAAGAAGAAGAAGAGAUGCAGCUACCUCCUGUCUCUGACUACAUCGCCCAUGAUGGCGCUAUCCCAGCACAUCCCCAGUUUCCACACAGCGACUACAUCCCCCACGGUGGGGCUAUCCCAGGGCAGUCCAACCUACCACACAGCGACUACAUUGCUCACGACACAAAGGACUCAGCCAACAACAUAGACUAUAGAAUGAAAGAGUUCAGCAUUCAUUCCAGUGAGGAUAUAUUAGACAACCAAGAGAUGUACAGUGGCAUACGAAACGGACACGGCGAGCGAGUUUUUUCUCUAGCAAGUAACGGUCUUCCACUUCCUUACAAUGCAGCCCCUGAGGUACCUAACAAAAAGGGGCGUACAUCCAUCUCUAACGCUUUCUCUCACGAGGAUUCCUUCCAGGACGUGUACCAUGGGGAUGCUAGUGAGCUGUCCUUCCAGAGGGUCAUGAGUGAUGGUCAUGCUGACAUGAGUGGAAUGAGCGCCGUCAGUGAACCCAACUCCAGCCCCCCAAAGACCACCAGAGCCACGUCUGAAGGCAGCAUUUUGUCAGCGCAAGAAAAUGAAGAGGAGCAGAGAAAGAAAGUCAGGCACCGGCCCACAGAUACUGCCUACUACAUUGCUAAAGAAUUGUUGAUGACAGAGAGGACAUACAAGAAAGAUUUGGAAGUUUUGUGUGUGUGGUUCCGUAACUCUGUCAGCUGUGAUGCAACAACCUUGAACUCUGUGACUGAGGUGGUGUUCAACUACUUUGAUCCAAUCUACAACUUUCAUUAUGCUCUACUCAAGGAGAUAGAACAGAGACUGGCUGCCUGGGAAGGGAAGGUGCAGCCACAGGUGAAUGGUGAGUGUCACAAGGUGGGGGACCUCAUGCUGAAGGCAAUCAACAGCUGUCAGGAGCUGUAUGAACACUACUUUGAACACCUGGAAGAAAUUCUGAAUGAGAUUGACAGCAAGGUGAAGAAGCACCGCCCGUUUGAAGAAAUCUGCCGAAGUUUUGAAACCCACAAAGUUUGUUACCUGCCGCUCAACACAUUUUUCCUUCGUCCUGGUCAGCGCUUGUUACAUUUCAAGCUCAUAUUAGAACGUCUAGUCAAACAUUAUUCAUUUGCACAUCAUGAUGCAGAGGAUUGUAAAGAGGCCUUAUGUCGGAUUACAGAAAUUACCAAUGGAUUCCGGGACCAGUUUAAGAAAAUGGAAAAUCUGGAGAAGUUAAUGGAGCUACAGAGAGAUCUUUUAGGUCUGGAGAAUUUAGUGCAUGUAGAUAGGGAGUUCAUCAGAGAAGGUUGCCUUCAGAAGUUUUCUAGGAAAGGUUAUCAGCAACGAAUGUUCUUUUUGUUUUCUGACAUGUUGGUCUACACAAGCAGGACAUCAGCAUCCCUGCUACAGUUCAAAGUUCAUGGCCAGCUGCCACUGAGGGGGAUGACUGUUGAAGAAACAGACAAGUCAGCAGUACAGAACAGUUUUGCCAUCUAUGCAGGAAACAAGUACAUCCUAGUGGCAGCCAGCUCUCAAGAAGAAAAAGAUAAGUGGAUAGAAGAUAUCAAUGAAGCUGUGAUCCGUGUCAAGUCUAUAGGACCAGAUAAAUUACAGUACCCCAGCCUCAAGUCUAGUGCCAGCUCGUCAGAGAAUGUAGGCAGUGGUGAGAAUGUAGACAGAGAACAGUCUCCUCAGGACAAACCUAUACAGCACAGAGCAAACACAACUAUGCAUGUUUGUUGGCAUCGCAACACCAGUGUUAGCUUUAGGGACCAUGAGAAAGCUCUCAAGAACCAACUAAGCGGGUAUCUACUGCGCAAGUUUAAGACCAGCAAUGGGUGGCAAAAGUUGUGGGUUGUCUUCACAAACUUUUGUCUCUUCUUCUACAAAACAUACCAGGAUGACUUCCCCUUGGCUAGCCUCCCUUUGCUGGGCUAUGCUGUGAACACACCAGAGGAGGAGGAUGGCAUCAACAAGGAUCAUGUCUUCAAGCUGCAGUUCAAAAACCAUGUCUAUUUCUUCAGGGCAGAGAGCGAGUACACAUUCUCCAGAUGGAUGGAAGUGAUCAACUCCGCUACCCAUAAUGCAAGACGUGUGCGCCUGUUUAGCAGGUUGGACAGUCGCCUAGAGGCUAGUUAGCGCUCACAUUACUUUGAUAGUAAACCAAGAAUAUAAUGCAUUUAACUGACUUAUGCUUGAAAUGUUAUUGAAACCAAAUAUAGGUAACUUUUGCUAAUGAAAACAACAGAAUGUGAGCGAGAGGCUGUAUUUUAUGGUGAACAAUUCUUGCCCUAUAAAUAGUUUGUUGAUGUAUUUGCUAUAAGUGUUGGUUGAGAUUUUUUGUAUUGAAGGAUGUGUGAGAAAACUUGCACUAUUUUGAAACAUGUUGUAAAUAUAAACUUGAUACUUUUUGAUGUUUUAAAAUAUUUUUUUUUAGAUUUUUAUAAGAAGUGUUGGGUUGUGUCAAGUUUGUGUUAAGGAUGUUGGUUGUGUCAAGUUUACAUUAAGAAUGUACGGUUGUGUCAAGUUAAUAUUUAGGAUGCAUGGUUAUAUCUAUUCUUAUAGUUCUCAAUUUCCUUGUGAUAGCUGGGUCUACAGAUUUUUAACUUUACAAACUAGUUGUAAAUGUUGUUUUUUUUUUCUGAGAUUGUUUUAUUUUAAGACAAUUCUAUGACUUGUUGAGUGAGAUAUUUUGUUUUGAUUGUUUAGAUUUGUGCGCCACAUUUAUAUGUGUCCCUGUCUUAUUUAUCCUGAAGCCACCAAGUAUGUGACUAGAGUAGUGUGAUAAGUAUUGAAUCAUAUACAUUUUGACACAGAGCUAACGGUUAAUCAGACAGUCAUUGGUUAUUUGGACAAGGUCAGUGGUCACCUGGACAGGGUCAGUGGUCACUU